UUUGUAGCACGCUAGCUGGCUAGGUAGGUCAAAUAGGUUUUCUAAUCGAUUUUGUCCUAGUUUUGUGCAAUAAUCAAUACUUAGUUAAAGGAAGUGCAUGCCAUUCCGGAUCCAUCUUUUUGUCAGCUUUGAAGUAAAUGAGCAGCGUAUAAAAAUAUGUUCGUUAUUUGUUCAUUUUAUUUGAGCUUUUUCUGUCUCCACAUCGUUAGCUAGCUAGCUAGUAACGUUAACUCACUGCUAGCUGAAGACGUUACAGCUAGCCUACAGUAGUUUGGAAAUAGCUAGGUAUCACUCCAGCCGUAAUUGAUAUCCAACAAGCGAGAUCUUAUGCAGAACGGGAAUCAGCAAUUCAUUAUGGAAGAUGAAACGUACACCGACAUCGACGGCAAGGCCAUCUCUCUGGAGUGUCAAAGUCACUCGGGUUUUUGCAGGGAGUUCACAGUCAGCUCCGCUAAAGUGUCCAUAGGCAGAGUGAUGGUGUACACUAGCGCUGUCUGGCUAUCUGCCUACACCAUAUUCUUCUUUACUGAGAACACAGCCGUUCUCUCCAGUGCCAUAAUCAUCACCCUGGUCGGUAUGAUGGUUCACAUCCACUUUGUGAAGGUGGACCACGAGACGCUGCUCAUCAUUGGUUCCCUGGGUGUCCAGGUGUCGUCUAGCUACGCCUCCGGCAGGGAGUCGACAGACUUCAUAGAGAUGGGCAAGAUCAAAGACAUAGUAAUCAAUGAAGCUAUUCACAUGCAAACAGUCGUCUACUACCUGUGCAUCCUGCUGAAGGACCCCACAGAUUCUGAUGCCGUGUCUUGCGUGGUCCCGCUGUUUCAGAGCUCAAAGCCAAGACUGAGCUGCCUUGUCAAAGUGUACAAGAGCUGCCAGGAUAUUCUAGCAAAGUGCUGAUGGUGAUGACAACAUCCUGGUCAUUUGGUAAACCAUCUGGGUAAAGCACACUGACGUCAUGCUGGGAAAGCACUGUCACUGACUUCACUGCAUACCAAUGCUUCAAACCACUGACUUCACUGCAUACCAAUGCUUCAAACCACUGACUUCAUUUCAUACCAAGUCAUGCAACAUGUUUAGAAUAUUUAUUUGGUUAUGUUAUCAAUUCUCAAUGGAAAGAAACUGAUGAUACACCUGUCGUCAUCAACUGAUUGUUUUCUCUACAUUUCUCUCUUGAAAUAUUUUAAGAUAAUUUUCCGCAUGCCAGGUUUCAGUAAAAGAAAAAACCUUUAGGUCGGUCAUCCCACUAAAAUACGAGUCUCGUAAGAGAAUAGUUUAUGAAUGUAAGUCCUUACUUAGUGUUACCUAAUGUUAUUUUUUACUCAGAUGCCUUAGUAUUUAUAAUCCAUCUACUUGAACAAAGUGUUUCCUGUAACCAUGUCCUUACUUGAUAACUUUAAGGAUUUCUUAUUGAAACAAUCUAUUUAGAAAUAGUUUUUUGUAUGCCUUAGAUGCUCUUUUUUAUAUUAUUGUAUAUUUACAAAUAAUAUUGUAUUCCAUUUGAAGAGUUAAUAGUGUUUAUUAUCAUGUAAUAAAUUGUUACCAUCACUAGCUGC